AGAGAAAGAAAAAUAAAAAAAACUUAACUACCGUAAUUUUAUUCGCACGUGUGAUGUUGUUUGUGAUUGCCGUGAUCGUAUGAUGUUUGUUUUUAUUUUUUUCCAAUAAUGCCUUCCAAAAAGAAACGAUUCAUUGAUAAGAAGCAUGCUGUGACAUUUCAAGUGGUUCAUCGGAGCCAGAAGGAUCCACUGCAGGCUAGUGAGGAUGCAGGGCAGAGAGUGCUUCUGCCUUACAAGGAUCAGUAUGAGAAGAGAAAGGAGGAACAGCGGAAGUUUGGAGUGUUUUUUGAAGAUGACUACGAUUACUUGCACCACUUGAAGGAUGUGAACGAGUGCCAUCUUGAGGUGAUCGACUCGUUCAAGAUCACCAAACCUGUGUCUGCUCCAGAGUCAUGGUCCAAUGAAAAGAGUGAUGCAUCCAUUCAACUUCCAUCAUCGGUAUUUGCGUCUUCUGUGGAGACUGAAGUUGGCUUACUAAACAAAGCUGCCCCUCUAAGAGGUCCUCAGUUAGACUGGGAUCCUGAUGUUGUGGCAGCAUUAGAUGAAGACUUUGACUAUAAUGAUCCUGAGAAUAUCCUCGAUGAUGACUUUAUAGUGCAGGCCAAUUCCAAGAGUGAGAGAGGUGAUGACGGUGAAGAAGACAAUGAGGAGGGUGAUCAGUGGGAGGAUGUAUCUGAUGAUGGUGUUGCUUCUGAUGCUGCAGCGAUGUCGGAUGAAUCAAUGGAUGCUGAAGACAUGUUUGAUCAUGAGGAAACCAAAUCUCGUUUUACUAACUACUCCAUGACGUCAUCUGUCAUCAGGAGAAAUGAGGGUCUUACGCUGCUAGACGACCGGUUUGAAAAGUUAUUUGAGCAGUACGAUGAUGGUGAUAUUGGAGCGCUGGAUCAGGAAGACAUUGAGGGAAGACUGAAUUCUAACAGUGUGGUGCUGGACAGCAUGGUGGAGGAAUUUGAAAAACAAAAGAAAGUAGUAAAGUUGAAGGAUGUUAUAGAUGAAGGAGUUGGAAUGUGUGAGGUUGAUGUUGACAGUGAGGAAUCUGACACAGAAGACGAUGAUGAUGCUGUUAAAAUGGUUGUAGAAGAGCCCUCACAGAAGUGGGACUGUGAAUCUAUACUUAGUACAUACUCAACAUUAUAUAAUCAUCCUCAAAUGAUUUCUGAGCCAACAAAGGGAAGAACAAUUAAGCUGACCAGCAAGCUGGGAAUUCCAACUGAUGGGAUAUCACAGAGAGGUCUGACGAAGAAACAGAUUGAGAAGGAAAUGCGUGAGAGUAGGAAGGCAGACAGGACGAGCACGUUCAGGCCUCAAGAUGAAACACUGGAAGAAAAGAGGGCAAGGAAGCUGGCUAUUAAAGAAGAAAGGAAGGAAAGAAGAGUAGAAAAGAAGAGCAACAAGUUAGCAUUCUCUGCUGAAAAGAAACGACAGCAGAAACAGCAGUUGAAUGUGCAGCAGAACUUACAGGGCAUGAAGCUGUUGUAGCAUUGUGUGAAUUCAUUCAUUUUGUGAAUAAACUGGCACGUACAGAAAACUAUGAAACAUGUUAGAAAUGUAUGGUAUUCGUUUCCAACCUGUGCACUACAAGUCAGAUAUAUUACAUCUUAAUUACUGAUGCAGUGUGUGUACAAAAAGCUAUUAAAAAGACAUGGCUACUUGUGUGAAGAUGGAA